CAUUCCUUCUAAUUUAUUUCACUUUCUUCAAUUCAUAUCCCUUAAUUUUGUCUUGUCGUUCCCCUUCAUAUACAUGAGUGUAGGAACAACAACAACAAGUCAACAACCACAACAGACAGUAGCAGUUAAAACACAAGCAGCAAGGAGGGGUUCGUUCAAGUGUGGAUGAUGGAGCGCCAAGAUCUUUCGCCACCACGCGUGGACACAUCUCGACCGUCCCUGGGCUUCCCUUUAGGAACUGCACUACUCUUGAUCAUAAUCUUCAGCUUGAGUGGCAUCUUCUCAUGCUGCUACCACUGGGACAAGUUCCGUUCAUUCCGUCAAUCUUUCUCGGAUCCCCACGAUGGAGACUCCCACACCCAAUCCUCACCCUCCAAAUCCAAGUUUGAUUCCACGGAAUUCAAGCAAAGCAAGGACCAGAGCUUGCCUGUGUUGAUGCCCGGCAAUGAGGUACCAACCUUCAUAGCCAUGCCUUGCCCGUGCCAGCCGUCACGGCCGGAGAAGAUCAUUGUCACCGUGGAGAAGCCACCGCCAAAACCACCGCGACUGCCGGUGCCUUUGUAUUAGGCUAUUAGCAACC